UGCUAUAUCACAAAGUGAAAAUGCUUCUUCGUAAGAUAUUUGCGGCCGGUUUACCGCGAUCGCUGUCCACUGCUUCGAUGCCUGAGCAGUUGGUUGCGGUGGAUAAAGCCUCCGACGUGCUAAACCAUCCGGACUAUUUUGAUGUCCAUAAGCUGUUCACCGUUGAAGAUCUGUUCCGAGCUCGUGUUCACCUGGGCCACAAGGAAGGAACGUUGAACGACAAUAUGAAAGGUUACUUGUACGGCAGUCGUUUAGGCCAUUGUAUUAUCGAUCUGGAUAAAACGGCGGAAUAUCUACGCACUGCCUUAAACGUCGCCGCUCACAUCGCAUAUCGGGACGGGAUCAUUUUGUUCUUCAAUCGCAACGCACUCAACGCUCACAAAGUAGAGCAAACAGCGAAAGAGUGUGGAGAAUUCGCGCAUACACGUUACUGGCGUGGCGGUGUGUUUACUAAUGCGAAGGUUCAGUUCGGUGCAGUAACCCGGCUUCCGGAUGUGUGUAUAUUUUUAAACACCAUGAACAAUGUGCUCGACAUGCACACGGCAGUGCGUGACGCAGCGAAGAUGAAUAUUCCCACGAUCGGAAUAGUGGACACGAACUGCAAUCCGAACCUCAUCACCUAUCCCGUUCCUGGCAAUGACGAUAGUCCGGCAUCAAUCGAGUUAUAUUGCAAUCUGUUCAAAAAAGCUAUUCUUUUGGGAAAGGAAAAACGAAAGACACACGACGCAAACGGAGCACAGUGAAAACUUUCGGAGAAUGUAUGUUACUAACCAAUUUAAUAGAUUAAAACUUUAGGUCCCGAAGAAAA